UAGAACUUAUACUCACAACAACCCGGAAGUAUAGUCUCAUUUAAGAAAACACGAUUAUGUAUUUAACAGUACACUGUUCUUAAUAAUGGUCGAAUAUUUGGCUAGUUUUAUAAAGCCUGAUAAAAAUAAGAUCCACACGUUUCCAUGGUAACAGACGUGGCGUUCUCCAUCGGAUAAUCAUGGCGGAUGAUUUGGACGAUUUACUUGAUGAAGUCGAAUCAAAGUUUUGUUGCAGCACCUCGGAGUCUAAACAGACAAGCCGUGUUAUAAAACAAACGGAUCAAAAGUGUGAGAAUCUGGAGGACAAGAAACAGCCAAGAAAACAAGGUUUUAAAAGAGUUGAAAAUGAGAUUGAUAUUGACGCUAUGCUGCAUGAAAUACUGGAUGAUGAUGAUGAUAAACACACCAGCACACAUGAACCCAGUCCAGCAAAGGCUUCCUCAAGUGAUUCACGUGCUCAGACAAUCACCAAGAAAUGUUGCCCUGUGUUUCUUGGUGGAAGCUCUGUUGCACAUGGCAUUGGAACCAGCGUUUCCGAAAGGGCCUGCAAUCGAUUAAGAUGUACAUAUUGUGACUUCAGCGUAAUCACGUUUGAUGAUCAUGAAUGGGACUCGUCCUGUGACUAUUUAUUUUUCAGGAACAACAUGCCGGAUUACCACAAGCUGAAGGUGCAUCUGAGGAGGAGAGUGGGUGUUCGUGCGUACGCCUGUCAGUGCAGCUGGAUCUCCAUUCUGACGCUCUCACACCUCAGAGAACAACCGCAGCUCAAGUGGGUUUGUGGGAAACACAGAGCAUGA